AUGAGGACGAUUCUUCUCUUGGCAAUUUCUCUAACAGCUUCAUGUCUGGCGGAUAGCAGUGUUCUUCGACCAUGUUUCGAACGAUAUUCCAACCAUCGACUCGUCAACUUACGACCAUAUCAUAGUGAAUGGAGGAUGAGGACGGAGGAUAUGUGUCUCGUGUUUUGUGCACAGUCGGCGUCCCGCUGCCGUUCGGUCGUCUACGACACCGUCCAACACAUCUGCCACUAUUUCUCGGAUGAAGGCGUCGAUCAGGCAAUCCUAUCAGCCAAAAUGACCUACCUUCGUGUCGUCUCUCAAUCUUGUUUGCAAGAAAACUCGGAAGCCGCCGCCGAUCCAAACAUGUCUCCACCAGAUGCUCCACCAGUACUCCUCCCAUCCUCUGCAUUCCCACAGAGUAAUGACAUUCAACAAGAACUUGCUAUUCCUCAACCACCAAUGGAGGAAGAAACGACUACACAAGAAGUCGUCACUUUCGAACCUGCCACGUCUCCUUCUACGACUCCAGAAGUUGUUGUCACAGAAGCUCCGGUUAACAAUGAUGAAGAUGUUCUUGUAGCUGCUUCUAUGCCAGAAGAGGUCACUGUUGCUCCAGAAUCCUUGAAUCCAGAUGACGUUAAGAUUGAUGAAUCCGAUUUGGAUGCUGAGUUGAAGUCUGUCAUGGAACCCUCUCAAUUCACGGGAUCAUUCAGUGACUCUGAGACUCAAAUCGAUAAUAAUGGAGUGUAUAGAGACAAGACGUCUAGUGAGAGAAGAUGGAUGGAUUCAAUGGAGAAAAUGGAUUCGAAACCAUCUGGAAAGAAGUCAAUCGAUGAGAAAUUGGAGGAUUUGAAGACAGAGGAUAAGGAGAAAUAUGAGAAAUUGAUGGGAUCAGAGGAGCCAUCCGAACAGGAGAAGGAGAUUCAAGAGUUGAAGAAUAACUUGAGAUCUGGAGCAAAAGUGAUCAAGUUCGAUGAGGAAGCAGCAUUCAGAAAGCAGUCGGAAUUGAGAAGAAAACCAGUGGGAGCUACUAGAAGACCUGCGUUGAAGAUGGUUACCAUCUCAUCGACAAGCUAUAUUCAGAAGGCAAAAUCGUUCUUGGAUGAUUUGAAUGAGGAGGAGGAGACGAAUGGAAAUGAGGUUAUUACUACAGAAUGCCAAUCCGACGAUACCGAUGUAUGGAUCGCGUUCGAGAACAGUGAGCAAGCAGAUGAAUCCGAGGAUACUGAUGUGGACUCGAAUGUUGCUUCGAGAAAGGAUUGCCAACGGAUAUGUAGAGAGAAGAACUGCCGCUCCUACACCUACUUCGAAAAGACGCAUACCUGCCACUUGAGCUCCAAAUCCGACGGAGUCUCCCUUCGAGCCCCAACAUCUGGAGACUUCACCGCCUCCACGUCAACCAAAUUCUGUUAUCCACGCACGUUCUCUGUCUUCGAUGGAUGCUCCAACUUUGUCGCUUUCCGUGACUACUCAGUUAGAAUCGAGGCAGUUGAGGAGUUUGAUGGUCUGCCACGUGGAUACGAGGGAAUGCAGUUAUGUGUGGAACUGUGUGUGCUGUCUACCAGAUACACGUGUAGAUCAGCCACGUUUAAUCCAAUCACUGGAAAAUGUAGACUAUUGACGGAGGAUUCCCUGUCGAGUCCCGAUGAUUUCAAGUAUGAUGAAUUCCAAAAGGAUUUGUAUUUCGAAAACGGAUGUACGAAUGCAGGAAAUGAUCAUAACGACUCUAAUGAUCGCAACGUGGAAGUAGUUGCAAUCAAGCCGAAGAAACUGAAAAAAAGAGUCCGAAAGGUGAAGAAGCUUCGACGUCGUCACUAG